AUGGAUGCCGCCGUGAAUACCCCAGUUGUGGUUGACUCAAACGAUGAUGGAACAGUCACCCAGGAACUGGAACUAGAGAAAAUGGGGAGUACGUUGGAAGAGGCGAUUGUGGAAACAUGCAGUAUGCCUCUCGAAAAUCGACCGCGACUUCCCCGCAUAACCCUAAGCAAGCGGAAUCGGGCUGUCGUGAAGGCACUAAGCCGAAUGCUGAUAAUCUUUUUGGAAGCCAGCCGGGACCUUUGCGAGACGGAUUUAAUUCUUUUUGGCACCGCAAUGGCAGUCUGCCGUAUCAUAGGUGCCAAAUUUUCCACGGCGGGACGCACUACUGCACAAAGUAGCGCUAUUCCAGCCUGGGGAAUAAUAAUUGAGGAACGUAUCGCUACCAAAAUGGAUGGCGGUGGUCGUUGA